ACGAACGGUUGCGGCUACGGCAGGCUGUGUGGCCGCGUGGUUUCUAUAUCAUUUAUAUUACAAUACUUUGUGGGUUAUAUGCCUUCGAAUUACAGUAAAGUUAGAUAAAAUUCUGUGUAUUCCGUUUUCAUUAAAGCGUUCAAUGAGAAUGAAAUAAGUUUAAUAGUUUGCAGUUCCUAAUAAGUCUUGUUAUUAUAUAGUUCCUUUGUAUAAUAAAUUGUAAUAAAAAGUAAGAAUUUUAUUUUUGUGAGGUGCGGUUUGUAAACAAAUAUCAUGCCGUACGUCAUGGUUAUGGGCAGCCUUAGUGCACCGCAUCUAUCGAAAGACGAGGGUGCAACAGUGUAUGGACUCAAAAAUGAUGAAAGGGCUUCAUUAUUAAGGGAACUAAACACAUCCUUCGGCAUGCAGGUCGCAGUUUCAUCAGAACAGGAUAGAACCGUCAGAGUGACGCAAAAAGGUCUUACGCUGGUGGUUGUGAAUCGUCUGCAUGCGUUAUUUGGAUACGACGUCGUUUCUCAUGCAAUGGCUAUGACAAAUGCCAACCGUGAGCUGGUCUCCUUCACUAUGUAUAAAAAAACUAGUUCAGGACACAAUACAGGCCACAGCACAAGCUCACAAAGCCAUGGCCACAGUCACGGCCACGGCCACUCGCAUAGUGGAUCGCAUAAGGGCCACAGCAGUGUCGUCACGCUGUGAUAACAUUAUAACUAAUUUCCGAUUGACGUGUACAUACGUAGAUGAACGCUAGUUGAAUGCAAGCACAUAGCUCAAAAAAUGAAUCUCGAUGUAAAAAAAUCCGUCCAUUACGUAUAAUUGUAUUGUUAUAAUAUUUUACGAAUAAUACUGUAAACAUUUUACUGUAAAAAAAA